GGCAUUCCAAACCUUAGAACCUAAGGAUGCUGCACAUGGUCAUGGGCCAAGUUUACCAUUAAAACAUUGACAAAGAUAUAUCACAAAACAUACAAAAGAGUUGAAGCAAUCAAUCAAGCAUUGCUUCACAAUCAAAGCCAUCCUUAGUAAUUAAUUAUCAAAACCACCAAUAAUUAAAAUUAAAAGGAUUAAAGAAUAGAUGAACUUCAUCUAGUAUUCUAGUUUUACUAACACAUUUCCACCAUCACCAAUAAGUUCAACACUAAUAACUGCAACCAGAACCAUCUCAACGUUCAAAGCAUACUGACAUGCAAUAUAAUAGGUUGAAGAAUCUGUGGCAGAUAUAAUAGCAUAAGAAAACUCAGCAGGUGAGAGGCAUGGUUUGGGAAUAUACUUUGGCAAUCAACAAGGAAUUUCCUUCCCUAUCUACAUCAGUUACUCCCCAUCAUCUUCCAAAUGCUCCAUUAAAAAAAAUAGAAGCUUAAUUGAAUAGAAUGUUAAACGAUGUGAGAGAGGCUGAGGCCUUUGAAAAUGCACUUGAAUGGUCACCAUGAAGAUUAUAUGAUAUGUUAAUAGAAAAUUUAGACACC